GGCAGCCCUGCGCUAGUUACAAAUGGAAGGCCGCUGUUUUUGACACAUUUGAAUUUGUUAUAGGAUAAAUUCAACAAUAGCCGUAACUAACAAUAAUAAGCAACUGCCCAACUGCCCUUACAUCUCAAUAUUGCCGUUACAACGGUUAUAAAAACUAAACUAAGUCUUAACCUAGAAAAUGUUUCCAAAACUUGUGUCAAAGCUCCUCAAAUGCUCCAGCACCCUGAACACAAUCAAACAGGCCAAACGAAACAUAGGACUGAUACCCAUAGUUGUGGAGCAAACAGGCAGAGGUGAACGAUCCUAUGAUAUUUACUCCAGGCUACUCAAAGAACGUAUAAUAUGUCUCAUGGGCCCCAUAAACGACACAAUGAGUUCUUUAAUAGUGGCCCAACUGCUGUUCCUCCAGUCUGAGUCUUCGACCAAGCCAAUACAUUUGUACAUUAACUCGCCUGGUGGAAGUGUCACAGCAGGGCUGGGAAUUUAUGACACGAUGCAGUACAUUCUUCCCCCUGUAGCAACAUGGUGUGUAGGACAGGCAUGCAGCAUGGCCUCCUUAUUACUGGCAGCUGGCAGUCCUGGAAUGCGUCAUUCGUUACCCAACGCGAGAAUUAUGAUCCAUCAGCCGUCUGGUGGUGUCCAGGGUCAAGCCACUGAUAUCCAAAUACAGGCUGAAGAAAUCUUGAAGCUGAAGAAGCAGAUCAACCUCCUGUACGUCCGUCACACCGGCUUGGAGUUGGCCAAAGUUGAACAAAGCAUGGAAAGGGACAAUUUUAUGAGUCCACCUGAGGCUCAAACUUAUGGGAUAAUAGACAAGGUUUUGGCCAGUCCACCCAAAACCAGGGCUGAUGAUGAAGGCAGUGUUGAAUCAAAAAUUGGAAUUAAUGGUUAACUUAUUUUUAUGCAUUGUAAAUUGUUUUGUUAUUGAAUUUGUCUCAAUAUAGUUUAUAUGUUUUUA